UGUUUUGAGUGUGGUCUCUGCGAAGAUUUCCUCAAGUUGACGCUGCAUUUUUUUUGUUUAUUCUUCUACAACGAUGCACCGUUGAUAAGAGUUACGGAUGAAGUAGUAGAUCAAAUACAAGGGUAAAUAUAGAAAGUCACGUUACUUUUCCAAAGAAAAAUAUAUCCACUAUGACUUCUGAAGGACCUCCGCUUCGUUCCCAUCCAAGCUCAGAACUAGAUUACUUUGACAUCGACGACAUACUGGCCACACAAGGAAGAAUUCCUAGUAAACUAGAAGCACAAGUUUAUAAUCUGGGUUUCUUAGAUCCUAGUUCCGAAGGAAAUGAUCUCCAGGCUGGAGCAAAACUCGAGCUUCCAUUUUGGCUGGCGAAAGAACUUUGCAACAGGAGAAGAAAAAUAGUCUCAGUGGACAUUCCUAAAGCUUACAAAGACGGCUACCGAGAGAUUUUCAAAGCUGAUGCUAGUGUUGUGGAUCUUCAUCGACUAGGGCCGUAUUUUUAUGAGUUUGGAACAAAGUUGCUGCUUUUUGAUUUUGAAGAAAAUUCCCAAAUGGCUUCUUCCAUGCAGGAGACUUUCAUGAAGAGAUUUAGAAAAAUAAUGGAUUCUUCUCAGAACUCUGCAAAUGAGGAUACCUCCUUGUUAACAAACAAGCUGGAUCACAUUGAAAGACAGGUGUUCUCUGCUGGACGCAAGGGAGUGAAAGAAUUUCUUCAGUGGGAGGCUGGCAGAACAUCCAAACUUAUGACGUCAGAGACUGUUGUCAACCAUAAAAAACGCAAAAGGUCUAUGAUUGAGUAAAUUUCACACCAGGCUGGGUCAACACAGAGGUUUGGAAAACGCUUUAGGUUUUUUGUGUUAUUGAUUGCACAGUGGCUUUUGUAACUUACAGGGCUCGACACUAACGGUAGGCAACAUGCCACAGACUAGUAGAAAUUCAGUUUUGGCUAGUGGUCUUCGAUUUCUACCAGCCAAUUUGGCUAGUAAACAAACUGAAAUUGUUGUAACAUCUAAGCUGUCACUAGCCACUUGGCUAGUAAGUUGAAAAGUUAGUGUCGAGCCCAGAAUUAGAAGAGAGGUAUGCCAGUGAGAGCAUUUUUUUAUAUCCCUCUCUAAAGAUUAUCUCUGAAAUUGAUUCUGACUGGAAGAAUUUGGUUUAUUAUAAGAUGAGGUCCAUAAGCUGAUAGGUUUUUUUGUUCCUGUCACCUGUUAAUUGGAUUAAGUAUUACUGCGGUCAGGAGAAGUUCUAUGUCAUUUAAGUCUGGGGGGUAAAUGGUUGACCUAUGUCCAAUCCUUUCCAUGCUCUGUUCUGUCCUCAACUUUUUCUCAAAAUGAGUCCCCCAAUUUAUUUUUUGCAAUCUUCUAGAUUUUACAUACCUUGUUCAUUAUUUCCCUCACUUUUCUUAAAGUAAUUUGCAGUUUGAAUUAAAAAAAUGACUCAAUAACAUACUUUUUUGGCCAAACACAUCUUAAGAAAUUACCUAUCACCUGUAGAUUCAUUAUAACUACAUUUGA